AGGCCUGCGCUCGACUCGGAGGCGGGCCCUGAGGAUAGGCCUAGGGGCCGCUGUUCUUAGCUGGGAUAACACUGGGAUCCUCCCCCAACCCCAGGCCCGGGCGGGUUUGCGGACGGACCGGAAGUUCAUAAGUGUGUCUGCGAAAUGCUUCCCUAGCUCCUGCCACCCACCCGCCAUGUUUCUGAUGCGCCUGACUUCACAGCUGGUUAGGGCUGUUCCCUGGGCUGCAGGCUGCAAUCGUCCCUGGCUUGGCUCUGGAGUGCUUGGCAACCAUGCUUAUCGACCCCCAUAUAACUUGCAGUCAACAAGCCCAAGUAGGGCUGCCUCUCUCCCUGGCAAGGGGUCCCAGUUGGAGCUUGAGGAGAUCCUGGUACCACGGAAGAUGGCCGUCAGUCCUCUGGAAAGCUGGCUGACUGCUCGCUACCUGUUGCCCAGGCUGGAUGCUGGGACCCCUGUGACUGUCGCUCCAGCCCAAUUCUACAAGUGUCCACCUGCCCAAGUAGAGGAGGUGGCCAAGCAGGGAGUGGAUGAGGUCUUGGAUGCUCCCUCUAUGCAUUGCAGAAAUGUGCUAAAGAUUCGCAGGCGGAAGAUGAACCACCACAAGUACCGCAAGCUGAUCAAGAGGACACGGUUCUUAAGGCGGAAGGUCCGGGAAGGACGCCUAAAAAAGAAGCAGAUCAAGUUUGAGAGAGACCUGCGGCGUAUCUGGCUGAAGACAGGCCUGAAGGAAGCUCCCCAAGGCUGGCAGACUCCAAAGAUCUACGUGAAGAGCAAAUGAGCCUGGAGUCUCAUCCCCUGUCCCUAUUGCUGCUCAUGAACCAUUAUAAUAAACAUUGGGAGGACUCAA